AUGAGCGAUGCUGAGAUGGAGAUAUUUGGGGUGGCUGCCCCUUACCUCCGCAAAUCAGAGCGGGAGAGAAUCGCAGCACAAAACAUGCCGUUUGAUGCCAAAACAGCAGUGUUUGUGCCCGACCCGAAGCAGGAGUAUGUGAAGGGGAAGAUCAGAAGCCAAGAUGGAUCCAACGUCACCGUGGAGACUGAGGACGCAAAGAUUGUCACGGUGCACCUGGACGACAUCCGGCCCAUGAACCCUCCGAAGUUUGACAAGCUGGAGGACAUGGCUCUGCUCACACAUCUGCACGAACCUGCCGUGCUCUUCAACCUCAAGGAGCGUUACGCCGCCUGGAUGAUCUACACCUACUCUGGGCUCUUCUGUGUGACUGUGAAUCCCUAUAAGUGGCUUCCAGUCUACAACCCAGAGGUGGUGUCCGGGUACCGUGGGAAGAAACGUCAGGAGGCCCCCCCGCACAUCUUCUCCAUAUCUGACAGCGCUUACCAGUACAUGCUCACAGAUCGAGAGAACCAGUCAAUCCUGAUCACUGGAGAAUCUGGUGCUGGGAAGACCGUCAACACCAAGAGAGUCAUCCAGUACUUUGCAACAAUUGCAUCAGUCGGAGACUCGAGCAAGAAAGAGCAACUUCCUGGAAAAAUGCAGGGGAAUCUGGAAGAUCAGAUCAUCCAGGCCAACCCUCUGCUCGAAGCUUUUGGGAAUGCCAAGACUGUGAGGAACGACAACUCCUCUCGCUUUGGAAAGUUCAUUCGCAUCCACUUUGGAACAAAGGGGAAGUUGGCAUCAGCUGAUAUUGAAACGUACCUUUUGGAAAAAUCCAGAGUGACCUUUCAGUUGCCGGCAGAGAGGAGCUACCACAUCUUCUAUCAGAUCAUGUCGAACAAGAAGCCAGAAUUAAUCGACAUGAUGCUGAUUACCACCAACCCGUACGACUACCCUUUCAUCAGCCAGGGGGAACUCACUGUGCUGAGCAUCGACGACACAGAGGAGCUGAUGGCCACUGAUAGUGCCAUCGACAUCUUGGGGUUCAACACGGAGGAAAAGGUCGGCAUCUACAAGCUGACCGGUGCUGUGAUGCAUUAUGGGAACAUGAAGUUCAAGCAGAAGCAGCGGGAGGAGCAGGCGGAGCCCGACGGCACAGAGGUGGCUGACAAAGUGGCCUACCUGAUGGGCCUGAACUCUGCAGAUCUGCUGAAGGCUCUCUGCUAUCCCAGAGUGAAGGUGGGGAAUGAGUAUGUCACCAAAGGACAGACUCCUCAGCAGGUGAACAACGCCAUGGGGGCUCUGUCUAAGGCGGUGUAUGAGAAGCUGUUCCUGUGGAUGGUCACCAGGAUCAACCAGCAGCUGGACACCAAACUACCAAGACAGCAUUUCAUUGGCGUCCUGGACAUAGCAGGGUUUGAGAUUUUUGAGAUGAACAGCCUGGAGCAAAUGUGCAUCAACUUCACCAACGAGAAGCUGCAACAGUUUUUCAACCACCACAUGUUUGUGUUGGAGCAAGAGGAGUACAAGAAGGAAGGGAUUGUGUGGGAGUUCAUUGACUUUGGUAUGGACUUAGCAGCCUGCAUUGAGCUCAUUGAAAAGCCAAUGGGCAUUUUCUCUAUUCUCGAAGAAGAGUGCAUGUUUCCAAAGGCUACAGAUGGCUCCUUCAAGAACAAGCUGUACGACCAACACCUGGGGAAGAACAGCAUAUUCCAGAAGCCCAAGCCCUCCAAAGGAAAGGCUGAAGCCCACUUCUCCCUGGUGCAUUACGCCGGCACUGUAGACUACAACCUGAGCGGCUGGCUGGAGAAGAACAAAGACCCGCUCAACGACACCGUGGUGCAGCUUUACCAGAAAGCUUCCCUGAAGCUGCUCUCACAGCUCUUUGCAACGUACUCUGCUGCUGACGCUGAUGGAAGUAAGAGAAGUGCCAAGAAAAAAGGAUCUUCUUUUCAGACGGUUUCUGCACUUUUCAGGGAAAACCUGAAUAAACUGAUGGCCAACCUGCGCUCAACACAUCCACACUUUGUGAGAUGCAUCAUCCCCAAUGAAACCAAGACACCAGGCUCCAUGGAUCACCACCUGGUCCUUCACCAGCUGCGCUGUAACGGCGUGUUGGAAGGAAUCAGGAUCUGCAGGAAAGGAUUUCCCAGCCGGAUCCUCUAUGGGGAUUUCAGGCAGAGAUACAGGAUUUUGAACGCCAGUGCGAUCCCGGAGGGGCAGUUUAUCGACAGUAAAAAGGCUUCAGAGAAACUGCUGUCCUCUAUCGAUGUGGACCAUGCCCAGUAUCGAUUUGGAUACACAAAGGUGUUUUUCAAAGCCGGCCUGCUGGGUCUCCUGGAGGAGAUGAGGGAUGAGCGUCUGGCUGUGCUGAUGACUCGAAUCCAGGCCGUUUCCAGAGGUUACGUCACCAGGCUGUGGCUCAAGGAGAUGACAAAGAAAAGAGAGUCCAUUUACAUCAUCCAGUACAACAUCCGUUCCUUCAUGAAUGUGAAGAACUGGCCUUGGAUGAGACUCUUCUUCAAGAUAAAGCCUCUGUUAAGAAGCGCAGAGGCCGAGAAGGAGAUGCAGAACAUGAAGGAGGCGUUCUCACGACUCAAAGAGGAGUUUGCAAAGUCAGAGGCAAGGAGGAAGGAGCUGGAAGAGAAAACGGUCAUGCUCUUCCAGGAGAAGAACGACCUUUACCUUCAAAUCCAAGCAGAAAGGGAGAACCUGUGCGAUGCCGAGGAGAGGUGCGAAGGUCUGAUAAAGAGCAAGAUCCACCUGGAGGCCAAAGUCAAAGACAUCUCCGAGAGGAUGGAGGAAGAGGAGGAUAUCAAUGCAGAAAUCACUGCGAAGAGGAGGAAGCUGGAGGAUGAAUGCACAGAGCUCAAGAGAGACAUCGACGACCUGGAGCUCACCAUCGCUAAAGUGGAGAAGGAGAAAUACGCCACGGAAAAUAAGGUAAAAAACUUGGUAGAGGAGCUCAGUACUCUUGAGGAAAAACUGCUGAAGUCUUCAAAGGAGAUCCGAGCUUUGCAGGAGGUGCACCAGCAGACGUUAGACGACCUCCAGGCUGAGGAAGACAAAGUGAACACUCUGGUGAAGACCAAAAUCAAACUGGAGCAACAGGUUGAUGACCUGGAGGGCUCACUGGAGCAGGAGAAGAAGGUGAGUGCAGACUUGGAGAGAUUCAGGAGAAAACUUGAGGGGGAUCUGAAGCUGUCCCAAGAAACCAUCAUGGACCUGGAGAAUGAAAGACAACAAACGGAGGAGAGACUGAAAAAAAAGGACUUUGAAAUCAGCAAUCUGCAGAGCAAAGUCGAUGUUGAGCAAGUCCUGAUGAUCCAACUCCAAAAGAAAAUUAAAGAGUUACAGACUCGAACUGAAGAGCUGGAAGAAGAAAUAGAGUCAGAGCGUUCAUCUCGAGCCAAAGUGGAGAAGCAGCGGUGCGAUCUGUCCCGAGAGCUAGAGGAGAUUAGCGAGAGGCUGGAUGAGGCCGGAGGAGCCACUGCCGCUCAGGCCGAGUUAAACAAAAAGCGGGAUGCCGAUUUCCAGAGGCUGCGUCGUGAUCUGGAGGAAUCCACCCUGCAGCACGACUCAAUCGCCGCAACUCUGCGCAAGAAACAGGCCGACAGUGUGGCCGAACUAAGCGAGCAGAUUGAAAACCUCCAGAGAGUCAAGCAGAAACUGGAGAAGGAGAAGAGUGAGCUGAAGAUGGAAAUUGACGACAUGACGAGCAACACGGAGAGUGUCCUGAAAAGCAAGGCUCAUUUGGAGAAGCUGUGCAGGAGCCUUGAAGACCAGAUGAAUGAAUAUAAAACCAAAUCAGACGAAGCCCAGAGGUCUCUGAGUGAUUACACCAUGCUCAGUGCUCGUCAACAAACUGAAAAUGGGGAGCUAACACGUAUGCUGGAGGAGAAAGAGAUCACUCUGUCGCAGCUGAACAGAGUCAAAAACGUCGGAGGUCAACAGAUUGAAGAGUUGAAGAGACUCUUGGAUGAGGAAACCAAGACAAAGAAUGCCCUGGCGCACGGUUUGCAGUCGUCUCGCCACGACUGCGAGCUGCUGAGGGAGCAGUACGAGGAGGAGCAGGAGGCCAAAGCCGAGCUGCAGCGCUGCAUGUCUAAAGCCAACAGCGAGGUGUCUCAGUGGAGGACCAAAUACGAGACGGACGCCAUCCAACGCACCGAAGAGCUGGAGGAGGCUAAGAAGAAGCUGGCCCAGCGGCUGCAGGAGUCUGAGGAAAUGACAGAGGCAGCUAAUGUCAAAUGUGCAUCUCUGGAAAAAACCAAGCUGAGGCUGCAGGCGGAGGUGGAGGAUCUCAUGGUGGAGCUGGAACGGUCAAAUGCAGCCAAUGCAGUGUUGGACAAGAAACAGAGAAACUUUGACAAGGUUCUGGUUGAAUUUAAACAGAAAUAUGAGGAGAGUCAAUCCGAACUGGAGGUUUCCCAGAGAGAGUCUCGAGUGUUGAGCACAGACCUUUUCAAACUGAAAAAUUCCUACGAAGAGGCUUUGGAUCAUCUGGAGUCGAUGAAAAGAGAGAAUAAAAACCUUCAGCAGGAGAUUACAGAAAUCACCGAGCAAGUUGGACAAUCUACUAAAAUAUGUCAUGAGCUGGAGAAAGCUACAAAGCAAGCCGAGCAGGAGAGGAGAGACACUCAGGCAACUCUAGAGGAAGUGGAGUCCUCCCUGGAGCACGAGGAGGCAAAAAUCCUGCACCUUCAACUGGAGCUGAACCAGAUCAAGUCAGAGGUGGACAGAAAGGUGUCAGAGAAGGACGAAGAAAUCGACCAGCUGAAGAGGACUCACCAGAGGACUUUGGAAACUCUGCAGAACACGCUGGACACCGAGACGCGCAGCAGGAACGACGCCAUGCGGAUGAAGAAGAAGAUGGAGGGGGACCUGAACGAGAUGGAGAUCCAGCUAAGUCACGCCAACCGCCAGGCGUCCGAGGCCACCAAACAGCUGAGGAACCUACAGGCUCAGCUGAAGGAUGUCCAGGUCCACCUGGAUGAAGCGCUCCACUGUCAGGAGGACUUUAGGGAGCAGCUAGCCAUCACAGAGCGUCGCACCAACCUCCUGAUAGCCGAGAACGAGGAGAUCAAGGCGGCGCUGGAGCAAUCUGAGAGAAGUCGCAAGCUGGCUGAGCAGGAAGUGAUCGACUUCAGCCAGAGGAUUCAGCUGCUGCACGCUCAGAACUCCAGCCUCAUAAACACCAAGAAGAAGAUGGAGUCUGAUUUAUCUCAGCUGCAGUCAGAGAUGGAGGAUUCCGUCCAGGACGCGAGGAACGCCGAUGAGAAGGCCAAAAAAUCCAUCAUGGAUGCUGCCAUGAUGGCGGAGGAGCUGAAGAAGGAGCAGGACACCAGCGCUCACCUGGAGAGGAUGAAGAAGAACCUGGAGGUGACCGUAAAGGAUCUGCAGCAGCGUCUGGACGAAGCCGAGCAGCUGGCUCUGAAGGGAGGGAAAAAAGAGCUUCAAAAACUGGAAGCCAGGGUACGUGAGCUGGAAAAUGAAUUGGACUCAGAACAGAAACGCAGCAGUGAGGCCAUGAAAGGUGUGCGGAAAUACGAGAGGAAAAUGAAAGAGCUCACUUAUCAGGGUGAGGAGGAGAAGAAGAGCGUGGCAAGGCUUCAGGAUUUAGUCAACAAACUGCAGCUGAAAGUUAAAGUGUAUAAGAGGCAGUGUGAGGAAGCGGAGGAACAAACCGGCGUCCACUUGGCGAAAGCUCGAAAGGUGCAACAUGAACUGGAGGAAGCGGAGGAACGAGCCGACGCGGCAGAAUCCCAGUUGAAUAAAUUACGAGCAAAGAGCCGGGAUGUUGUCGGUAAAGGGGAAUAGAAAUUUAUAUUGAUUUUUGGUUUUAAACCUUAUUCAUCAAAAGGGAUUUUUUUGGGCCUAUUCAUUUUACGGAUUAUUGUGGCUGUGCUUCUGCAUAUCACAUAUUUUGGCAAUUUCUCCUAUUUUACUUUCGAGGUUAAACCUUUAGUCCUAUAAUAGGUGUACAUUGAAGUUUGUAGCCAAAAUACAAACAAUCAGUCCCUUACAGACAAUAAGUGAAACCAAUUACAACCAUAAUAAAAUAAUCCUACUUUUUAAUUUGAUACGGCUUUCAAUCUAGAGCCCUACUGUACCGUCAAAAUGGUAUUACUUUAUUAUUUGUAACGAGAUUGAGAAUUUUUCACAUGUUUGCCCUAUGGGACAAAUACAUGCUAUUUUCUUAGUGUCCACUAGAGUUGUUGCUGCUGUUUUAUGUGUUUGAUGCAAGUAACCAUAUCAAUGUUGUUGCUUGUCGUUGACAUACCCCGGGUUGUAAAAGAUCCCCCUAGGAUUUAGAAUACAUAAAAUAAUGACAUUUAA